UGGAAAAAGCAUUCGGACACGGACAAAACAAAACACACCGCUCUCCUCACACGUGUGGAAGAGCAGACGGAAAAUCCAUUUAAUUUUCUCUAGUUUCUGGAGAAAAGGAAGACCUUUGGGCGCAAAAUAGAACGUGUUAUGGUGGGAAGUCUAAAAAGGAAUUUACUGUAAAUUGUUAUCAGGAUGGUGUCCGUGACCAAAAUGAGUAAGCAAGUCCCACAAAAACCAGUCACCACAAAGAAGAAAAUGAAGAAGACACAAGCGAAGAAGGCCAUAAAUGAAAAACAUAUUGAUGCAGCAGUUGAUGGAGGUUUGGAAAAAGCAGAGAGUGAUUCUAAAAUGAAUAUGAAAGUCGCACCUGAAGCAGUUCCCAAAAAGAAGAAAAUGAAUAAGGCUCAAAAGAAAGCCAUAAAUGAAGAAAAUGGUGGUUUGGAAAAAGAAGAGGUUGAUUCUAGGAAUGAUAAUGAACAGCAGUUGGAAGAUAAAGAAGAAGACCAAGUUACUCCAAAAGAAAAAGUGAAGGCAAAGAAAAAUAAGAAAAAGAAAAUGCAGAAGUCAUUAGAGACAGCUGAGGAGGUUGUUGCAGAUGAAGAGGGGAAUGAUGAUGAAAAACAGUCGGGAAAUGCAGAAGCAAAACCACAAAACAAGAAAAAGAGGGCGAGUGACAGCCAAGAUCCUGCAGAGAAUAAAGAAGGAGUAAAGGCAAAUAAGAAAAAGAAAAUGAAGAAGUCAGUAGACACAGCUGAGAAGCCACUAGAGGAAGAAAAAGAUGCAGAUGAUGAGAAAGAUGAUAUAGAAGAGGACAAAGAUGAAGAACCAUCUGCUAAGGUAGAGAGUGAAGAGGCCAAAGAAGAACUGGAGCGGCGUACCUUAUUUGUCGGCAAUGUUGAUAUUAAAGUAAAGCGAUCAGCAUUGCGCAAAAUCUUUAAAGAAUAUGGGGAGGUUGAGACUGUUCGCUUCCGUAAUGCUGCUGUUGCUGACCCAAACGAGUCCAAAAAAGUGGCGAUGAUUAAGAGACAUUUUCAUGAGUCACAGGUAUCCAUUAUUGCCUAUGUGAGAUUCAAGGCUGAGGAAUCGGCAAUUGCUGCUCUGAGUGCCAACAACAAGAUUCUCAAUGGAAGGCACCUUCAAGUUGAUCGAGCCUCUGGAAACCGUAAAAUCGAUCCCAAGUGCUCUGUCUUCAUUGGAAAUCUUCCAUUUGAUGCCAACGAGGAGGAGGUUCGAGACAUCUUUCUGGACUGCGGUGCAAUUGAGAAUGUUCGCAUUGUACGUGACAAAGAGCUUGGCUCUGGAAAGGGAUUUGGCUAUGUUAACUUCCAGUCACCAGAUGCUGUUGAAUUGGCUCUCAAGAUGAGUGGAACCCCCCUUAGAAAGCGACAGUUGCGGGUAAAGCGCUAUUUGAUGAAGGAUCAAGUGGAGAAGCGUCAGAAGAUGAUGGAAAAGAAGACGCAAAUUAAUCCCAAGAAGAUGAGGCUGAAUUUCAUGGCUAAAAACAAACAAGGAGGGAAAAAAGCAGCGACUUCCUUCACCGGAGAGAAGUUCAAAGCAAAGGAGAAUAUCAAAAAAAAGAAGAAGUUCACCAAAGAUGAAAAGAAAAAGUUCGCCAUCUCGAAGAAGCUGUCAGGAAGCAACUAAUAAUUUGGUAGCAGUCAAAAAUAUCAAAUUAAACAAUUAAAAGGGAACAGUUGAAAAUGGUGGUUAUAUAAAAAGUAAUCUAGAUCUGUCGUGCAUAAACAGAAAAGCAGACAUAUGCUGUAUGAUUAUAAAGGGAAAAUAAAAAAUUGUUAUAUGAAUAUGG